AUGGCAAACUUUGUGGUCUACGAUGACCGAAUCAAGAAGCUGUUCGGCUCCGCACCGUCGCUCGAGUUGUUGCACGAGAACCAGGACUACCCUUUCGCUCACGAGGCAGGCGUCUUCAUCGAGCGUAACAAUACGCUCUUCAUCACCAGCAAUCAGUACGACGACCAUGCGGCCGGCGGUCGCAAGAUCCAGAUCUGCCGCGUCACUCUGCCGUCCGAUGGCAGUUCUAAGACGAAGUGUGAGGAGAUCAACCCCGCCAUCAUAACGAUGGCUAACGGAGGCGUCAACUACCUGGACGGGGUCGUCUUCUGCGCCCAGGGCACGCACUCCGCGCCUGGAGGCCUGGUCUUCAUGGAGGCGGAACCGCCCUACCAGACCCGUAUGAUGGUCAACUCGUUCCACGGACGGGAGUUCAACUCUGUCAACGACGUUGUGGUGCACAGUGACGGCUCUCUGUGGUUCACCGACCCGAUUUAUGGCUAUGAACAGGGUAUCCGGCCGAAGCCGCAGCUUCCCAACCAAGUUUACAGAUAUGAUCCCAUCCGUGGGUCGAUUAGGGCCAUGGCCGAUGGCUUCGGCCGGCCGAAUGGUAUUUGCUUCAGCCCUGACGAGAAGACUGUGUACAUUACGGAUACCGACUGGAUUCAUGGUGAUGGCUCCACUGAUCUCACGCGAGCGUCAACAAUUUACGCAUUCGACCUGGUCCCCUACUCAGGGGAGCCCUUUUUGACAAACAGACGUCUCUUUGCCAUGGCUGAUACCGGCAUUCCGGAUGGCAUCAAGUGCGACGUGCACGGGAACGUGUACAGCGGCUGCGGCGACGGCGUCAACAUCUGGUCUGCAGGGGGUGUUUUGCUAGGGAAGAUCCUUGUUCAGGGUGGUGCUGCCAACUUCUGCUUCGGCCGCAAUGGAGAAAUCUUCAUCUUGAAUGAGAACCGAUUAUGGAGGGCCAAGUUGGCAGAUGAUACGAAAGGAGCAUUGCUGUGUAUCUAA